AAGGGCAGGCGGCGCGCCGCACUCCCUACCGGGCCCUAUUGCUCCGCGCGCACCCGGGCCCCGCGGCCCCGCGCGCACGCCCCUCCCCCGCGCCGCGCAACUUGCGGCCAAACUUUGCCCCGGCUCUAGCCAUGGCUCGUGUGUCCCCGCCGGGACCCCAGGACACCCGGCCACAGGGCCCGGAUGCCCACGACCCGCGCUUCUAGCGCGCCCCCGUCGGCUGCGGGCACGCGUGGGAAAGUUGGCCUGGAACCGGCCCGACCAGUUCCUGCCGGGCGCGCGGACCGGCCGCAGGAAGUUGCUGCAAAACUUUUUCUGGGGGUGCGUUCGGAGCCCCCCGUGCGCGCCCCACAUGCGCGCGGGGUAACGGAGAACCCCCGGGUUGCCAGGCGCGCCCGCAGGGGACCGACUCCCACCCCUCGCGGACCCCGCCGCCCGGGGGGCUAUGGCCAUGGUGACCGGGGGCUGGGGCGGCCCCGGAGGCGACACAAACGGCGUGGACAAGGCGGGUGGGAGCUACCCACGCGCGACCGAGGACGACUCGGCAUCGCCUCCUGGGGCGGCCAGCGAUGCGGAGCCCGGCGACGAAGAGCGGCCCGGGCUGCAGGUGGACUGCGUGGUGUGCGGGGACCGGUCCAGCGGGAAGCACUACGGCGUGUUCACUUGCGAGGGUUGUAAAAGCUUCUUUAAGCGCAGCGUCCGCCGCAACCUGAGCUACACCUGCAGGUCCAACCGUGACUGCCAGAUCGACCAGCAUCACCGGAACCAGUGCCAGUACUGUCGCCUCAAGAAGUGCUUCCGGGUGGGCAUGCGGAAGGAGGCGGUGCAGCGCGGCCGCAUACCGCACGCGCUCCCGGCGGCGGCGGCGUCCAGUCCCCCAUCCGCGCUGCCGGCGGAGCUGUUCCCGGGGCCGCCGGUGUCCGAGCUGAUCGCGCAGCUGCUGCGGGCUGAGCCCUAUCCGGCCGGGCGCUUUGGCGGCGGCGGCGCUGUGCUGGGCAUUGACAACGUGUGCGAGCUGGCGGCGCGUCUGCUGUUCAGCACCGUGGAGUGGGCCCGCCACGCGCCCUUCUUCCCAGACCUGCCUCCCGCGGACCAGGUGGCGCUGCUGCGGCUCAGCUGGAGCGAGCUGUUCGUGCUGAACGCCGCACAGGCCGCGCUGCCGCUGCACACCGCCCCGCUGCUGGCCGCCGCCGGGCUGCACGCCGCGCCCAUGGCCGCGGAGCGCGCAGUGGCCUUCAUGGACCAGGUGCGCGCCUUCCAGGAGCAGGUGGACAAGCUGGGCCGCCUGCAGGUGGACGCCGCAGAGUACGGCUGCCUCAAGGCCAUCGCGCUCUUCACGCCUGAUGCCUGCGGCCUCUCAGACCCAGCUCAUGUGGAGAGCCUCCAGGAGAAGGCCCAGGUGGCUCUCACCGAGUACAUUCGCGCCCAAUAUCCAUCACAGCCCCAGCGCUUUGGUCGCCUGCUGCUUCGGCUGCCAGCCCUCCGAGCAGUGCCUGCAUCUCUCAUCUCACAGCUCUUCUUCAUGCGCCUGGUGGGCAAGACACCCAUUGAGACACUCAUCCGGGACAUGCUGCUGUCAGGGAGCGCCUUCAACUGGCCCUAUGGCUCCAGUCAGUGACAGACACCUCCUGAGACAUGCAUGGAUGUUGGGACUCAAGGGGACCCCAGGGAGAAGGACCCUGGCUUCUUUGCUGAGACUGAUUCUGUUUUUAAAGACUGUGAAAUGUUUCUUUGUUUUUUAAAUGAUCAAGAAACCAAAAAGAGUUGGCUCAUCUAGGCCCCAGCCCUAUCCUCCCCAAAGCCCCUUGCGGGGGGGGGGGGGCGGGGGGGCUGUCCAUCCUGAGCCAGUGUGGUGGUGGCCUCGGAGUAAUGGGUAUGGGCCAGGUGUCUGGAGGGGCUGCUGCAGCUAGGCAGGGGUAGUGUGGGCUGGGAGGCUCUGUGAACACUACGUGAAGCUAAGUCAUGGCCAAUAAUAAAGACCUUUCCUGCUU